CCAUGCUGUAUUCUAGUAAGUUAGACACAGAUUAGUUAUUUAAACUCAAUAAAUGAAUUAUGAAAAAUAAAUGUUGUGCUCCUUGACAAAUUGAGACAUCUGGCGGUUGGUGGGACACAUUGCAUGACGUAGGCAGCCAGCUUCAGUCAUAUGACCGCGCUGUCCUACAGCCACAACUUUUGGAAACCCGGAAACUGCAGUAGAAAGUGUCCGUUGGGAUAUGCAUCGAAAACUUUAUAAAUAAGAAUCUGAAGUGACAUGACGAAGACCGGAAUUUGAGUAAGACGAAUUGUUUAAAAUGUUUAGCAUCGAAGCUCUGUGGCGGUGCUGAGGUAACCGAUUGUGUGUCUCCCAUAAAGUCUGUGUCAGCGAAAUGAACGCAGCACCUGUGCCCAUAUUAACUGAGUGUAUUGCAGAUUUCGAGCAUUGUCUCUAAGAUGGUCAUUUAUUAACUGCAUAAUUAGGCCCCAUGAGAUACCUUCCUCUCCCAGCAGAUACAUGAUGGCUUUGCCAUCACCAGCAGCUGGUCUCUUACAUUUAGUCCUGCUCACAGGAAUAGCCACACUCUCCAAUGCUAGCGACGAGUGCGUGGCCCGUGACUUUGGCCAUGGCUCCGUGGUUUGUGAGUGUAACUCAACCCACUGUGAUAGUGCUGGGCCAUGCAGCUUGCCUGGGUUGGGUCAGUUCGCCUCCUACCUGAGCAGUAAGGCUGGCAGCAGGCUGGAGAGGGGGCAGGGCCGGGUCCUUGCCAACAGCUCUGGGACAGCUCUCAGGCUGACUAUCGUUCCCUACCAGAAAUACCAGCGGAUCCGAGGCUUCGGUGGCUCGAUGACGGACGCAGCGGCCCUGAACAUCCUGGCUCUCUCUCCAGGAGGACAGGAGCAGCUCCUGCGGCAGUACUUCUCCCCCGAGGGUGUAGGCUACAGCGUGGUCCGUGUUCCCAUGGCCAGCUGUGACUUCUCCACCCGUCUGUACACCUACGCAGACACGCCUGGAGACUACAGCCUGGAGAACUUCACCCUUGCUGCAGAAGACAUCAACAUGAAGAUCCCCCUGCUGCAGCGCGCCCAGGCCAUGUCCCCCCGCCCUCUGUCUCUGCUGGCCAGUGCCUGGAGCGCCCCCGCCUGGCUGAAGACCAAUGGUGCGCUCACUGGGAAAGGCUCUCUGAAGGGCCAGCCUGGGGGGAAGGAGCACAAGACCUGGGCUCAGUAUUACAUCAGGUUUCUGGAGGAGUACGCCAGACACAACCUGACCUUCUGGGCCAUGACCACUGGGAACGAACCCUCUGCUGGACUCAUGACCAACUACAGUUUCCAGGCGAUGGGCUUCACAGCGGAGGAGCAGAGGGACUGGGUUGGCUUGGACCUGGGCCCCGCCCUGCACGCAUCACCAUACCCCCAAACACACCUGCUCAUUCUGGACGACAACAGGCUGCUGCUGCCACACUGGGCCAAAGUGGUGUUGAGUGACGUGCGUGCGGCACGCUACAUCCACGGUGUGGGUGUUCACUGGUACCUGGACGGCCUUGUGCCAGCAGAGCUCAGCCUGGGCACCACCCACCACCUGUACCCCGAGUACUACCUGUUUGGAACGGAGGCGUGCGCAGGCUGGAGCCCCCUGGACCGGGGCGUGAAGCUGGGCAGCUGGGACAGGGCCGAGCAGUACGCCCAUGAUAUCAUAGAGGAUCUGAACCACGGGGUUGUGGGUUGGACCGACUGGAACCUGGCUCUGGACCCUGGCGGGGGCCCCAACUGGGUCAAGAACUUUGUGGACAGCCCCAUCAUCGUGGACCCCAAACAAGAUGUCUUCUACAAGCAGCCUACCUUCUACAGCCUGGCCCACUUCAGCAAGUUCCUGUUGGAGGGUUCUCAGAGAGUGGGCGUGUCCUCCAGUCAGGAAACAGCUCUGGAAAGCUCCGCCUUCCUCAGACCCGAUGGUUCAGUGGUGCUCACCAUUCUGAACAGGUCGUCGUCAGAUGUGAAUUUUGAGGUGUGGCAUCCUGCUGUUGGCUUCAUCUCCUCCUCCUCCCAUGCCCAUUCUCUGCUCACACUGGCCUGGAACACGCACUGACGCACACACACACUGACACACACACACACUGACACACACACUGACACACACACACUGACACACACACUGACACACACACACACACACACACCUGGACUCUACACUGAACAAGCCUGCUACUGGAACUGUAUAAUCCAGGUCAUUGUCCAACCAAAUCAGCAUGAACCAACCACCUCGUAAGACAUUCUUAACAGGUCCCACACAUUAGCGCUUAUCAGUAUUUGUGUGACACGACUAAAAUGACUGUGUAGAUCUGAACACUGAGGGAUGAUGGUCCGUACGGGCAAACUUCUCUACCAUCCAACCCAACGGUGUGUGAUUAAAGAACCAAAGCCAAAGAUUGUAAUCAAGUUGACUGCUGUGAUUAUCUGCACUGAUCUCAACCUCUUUGAAGGUUGAAAUAAACUGUGAUGUUUCUCUCUGGCCUGUGGUGAUGCAAGAAACAUUACGAUGCAACAGAAACGUGCUUUGAAAUACUAGGGGUGGGGGGAAAAAACGAUUCACAUUUUUAUAAAUUUUUUUAUCUUUGAAAAACUGUGAAUCGAUUUUUUUUUUAUCGAAUCGUGACCCCAAGAAUCGAAUCAUGAGAUACCAAAAGAUUCCCGCCCCUACGAAGUACCUUAACUGAUCUUUUUCAAAUUAGAUACAUUUCAAAACUUUUGCUUGAAUUCCAGUUUAUGAAUGAUGCACAGUGCAUGAAUGGGACUUCCUUUUAAUCCUGAAUAAAUUGUGUUUUGACAACACCCUGAA